GUUCUAAAGGGCCUAUAAGACCGUACAUAAAGUAGAGCCAAUUUUCACAGUUUAUGCCGUAGCCUUAUUUUCCAAAUUCCAACCCAUAAUAUCUUCUCCCUAGCUUUAUCCAUCUGCCAUAUAUUUCUGCAUUCCAAAUGGAGUAAAUUUUGGGAAAGGAGAGCCAACGCCUACCAAGUGUUUGAUAAAAGGCCUCAGAGAAAGCAAAACAAGUAUGGAAGUUCCCCAGCCACUCCAAACACUAGCAAAAACUGGAGCUAUAGUAGCUGGUGGUAUAAUCUGUAUCUCUUUCGCCGCUUCCACCACCAUCAAAGUCAUCCAAUCUGCGACUGAAGCUAAAAGGAAAAGCACGGCGAAGCCAUGCCAAGGAUGUAAAGGAAAAGGGUUCCACAUUUGCAAACUUUGCAAAGGCAAUGCUACUAUACAAUGGUCUCCUUUGUAUGAUCCUAUUCAUAUCAACCCUUGUCAAUGCCCAACUUGUGAUGGCCAUAGCAUACAACGGUGUCUCAAUUGUGUAGGGAAAGGUUACUAUUGAGCUCCAAUGGCCAAUGUGCUACAACUCGAUCUGCAAAUCAAUCUAUUUCUAGCUAGCUACAUAUUGAGUUAGAUGGAAUUUAAUAAAUGUAACAUCCUUAUACAUUAGCUAGCAGAUCGAUUGAAUUGAAGUUUGUAUUUUUUAGCUUUGCAAGACUUCCCUCCUCUACGAGGAAGUACUGGUUUUCAUGGAGGAUUACCCCACAAACAUUUAUCCCAUA